UUUUCCCCGUAGCCAUACAGAAUUCUAAAUUUUGUGCAAUAGUUUUUACUACCUAGUGUCGAUCGGAACAAAGCAACAAUGGCCACCAAAGUAGCAACUAAGAAAUUUAAAUGGGCGCUGGAUUUCAACACCAAACCUCGCAGCAGCGGUUCCGAUAUUGCUGCACCGCCUGGUUACAAUCCGUCGGCUGACGUGAUCAGCAGCAAGGUGGUCAACCAGACAGACCAAAGCCACCUCAUCCUGAAGAAAUCGUGGGAGAUUGCGCUCGGACCGAUUAAGCAGUUCCCAAUGAACCUCGUCAUCAUGUACAUGUCGGGAAAUUCGAUCAGCAUCUUCCCCAUCAUGAUGGUGGUGAUGAUGUUCAUCCGACCGAUCAAGAUGAUGCUGUCGACGCAUUCCACGUUCAAAGUGAUCGAAGGUAUCUCUGCCACCGGUCAGAAGCUGGUAUUUUUGCUGGGCAACCUCGUCAACAUUGGACUGGCUCUGUACAAGUGCCACAGCAUGGGUCUUCUACCAACGCAUGCGUCCGAUUGGUUGGCUUUCGUCGAACCGCAGAAACGGUUGGAAUAUUCCGGCGGAGGCAUCUCGUUACUUUGAGCCGGGAACCAGCAAUACAACAUCCGGGAGUGCAUUUUGGUGGAACAGUUUGUAUUUAUUUUUCACUACCACAUAGAGGAUGGUGAGCGGAGUAACAAUAAAAAGACGUAAUGCAUAUACAAUGAA